ACGAAAGGGAAAGGAAACGCCGACUUCUCCAUUCCAAAAUCCUCUCUGCCUCAUCUUUUAGCACCAACGGCUUGUUUGAUCAAUUUGAAGCUUUGAGACGCUCUCUCCUUGGCUUCAGGGCUACUUUCGGUCGCUUUUCGACUGCCUCUUUGCGCAGAGCCCGCUGUUGGCCUGGAGAAAUCCAUCACCGCUUGAGAUUUGAGGCGCCAGAUUUAUUGAGCCCGAGUGCACAAAGUUGAUAGUUAGCCACCUAGCUAACUGUUAGCUCGCAGCCCUUUUUUGGUUCCAGCUUCGGGGGCGUCGUUUUGCGCUACAUUUGGCUCCCGACAGCUAGCAGCUACACCUGAAUGCUCCUUUUGGUGAAGUUUAGAGCUGCUGUCGGUAGAGAAGGCGCUCCAUAUUGGCUGCUCGCUGAUAAGUCAGCGUAAAAAGCCCGGAAGGAAGCCAAAGUGAAGGCCCGAGUCCAGCAACACCAAGAGCCGCCUCCGUCAGUGUUUGUACCGCCGCGCAGUGAGAGUUGACAGCUUACUUGGUGACACAGAGACUUCUCCCUGAGGAGCCAAGAAGCAGACGGCUCAUGACUUCUGACCAGGACACGAAAGUUGUAGCUGAACCACAGGUGCAGCAAGUACAAGAGGCAAAAGAGAACUCUCAUUUGGAAUCAGCCAAGGUUUCAGACCUCAACCCCAAUGCGAAAGCAUGGGCCAACCACAUGUUUAGCCUGGACACCAGCGGGACUGCUGACACCACCACUGCUGCCCUGCAGCCAUGGAAGGAAGGCUGCGAUAGUUCGGCCGACCCCGGCCCAGAAGGCUUUGAAGCCAGUGAGGACAAAGCUUACAAGGAGCCUGAGCUAGCUGACCCAGAUGAGCCUCCACCAGAACCAGUAAUGCUGGCAGAGCCGGCCCCGGUUGCCACCGUCACACUGGAGGGCCCCGAGCCCGCCUACCCAGGGUACCCCGACCCUGGGCAGCCUGGGCACACAGGCAGUGACUCUCCGCCUGACAACACCCAGGAGGGCUUAAGAGAGAACCUGAAGAAGACCCUGGAGUUCUGCCUGUCCCGGGAGAACCUGGCCAGUGACAUGUACCUCAUCUCCCAGAUGGACAGCGACCAGUACGUGCCAAUCGUGACGGUGGCCAACCUGGACCACGUCAAGAAGCUCAGCACUGACGUGGAGCUGAUAGUGGACAUUUUACGAUCGUUGCCAUUGGUCCAGGUGGACGAGAAGGGGGAGAAGGUGCGACCCAAUCAGAACCGCUGCAUCGUGAUCCUCCGAGAGGUUCCAGAGAGCACGCCUAUAGAGGAAGUGGAAGCCCUUUUCAAAGGGAACAACUUACCCAAGUUUAUCAACUGUGAAUUUGCCUACAACGACAACUGGUUCAUCACCUUCGAGUCAGAAGCAGAUGCACAGCAGGCAUAUCAGUAUCUUCGUGAAGAAGUGAAGACCUUCCAAGGGAAGCCAAUUAAGGCGAGGAUAAAGGCGAAGGCAAUCGCUAUCAACACUUUCAUGCCAAAGAACGGUUACCGGCCAGUGGAGGUGAAUCCCUACGCUCAGCAGCAGCAGCAGCAGCAGCAGCGCUACACGUCCUACUACAUCCCGCCUGUUUACAGCCCGCAGCAGCAGUUCCCUCUCUACAGCCUCAUCACGCCGCAGGCCUGGUCCACCACGCACAGCUUCAUCGACCCAGCUCUGGUCACCCCCUUUCACAACAACCAGUUCAUCAACGGAUUCACCACGUCACACAGCUUCAAACCAGCAACGUCGCCGCUCACCGUCAGACACUUCUCCCCCAGGAACAGGAAUCACAGCAAACCCCACCUGAGGUCGAGCAUCCCCACGGCGGACCGCAGCUCCGGCCUCCUGGACAGCCCCAGCCUCUUCCCCGGCUUCGCCAGCGAGAGGCUGAACGGGGUCCGCAGCAGCCCGCCGGCCCGGCUCCCCUCAGGCCAGCCCAGAACCAGGCUGCCCUCCACCGCCGCCUUCCCCCGCCGCGAUGCCGCCGGCACCGGCCGCGUCACCGAGCCGCUAAUCCCAGAUUAUUCCCUCGGCCGGGGAAGGAAAAAGAGGGAUGAAAAGUUUACGAGAGCGACUCCCCAGUCGCCGCCGCCCAAGCCCCCGUCUCCCAGCUUUGAGCUCGGCCUGUCCAGCUUCCCGCCGCUGCCGGGCGCCGCUGGGCAGCUGAAGGCGGACGAGGCGUUCGACAGCCGGCUGGCGAGCAGCGUGGUGCUGGGACCCACGAAGGAACGGACUGUGAAUCCGGACCCCAGCGGCGGCACUGUUCCUCCAGCCGGGCCCAAAGAGCCUCUCCGGUCCUCCGCCUCCCCUCUGCCUCCCAGCUUCCAGCCCCCCCCAUCGACCCCGACCGCCCCCCCGACCUCCACGUCGACCCCCUGCACGCCGCUGAGCCCCGCCCCCUCGGCCUUGCUGGAGGUGAAGGAGGCAAAGCCGAAAGAGGCGCCGCUAUCGGUGGAGCGCGUUCCCGGCACGCUGUCCACCGCCAGCAAAUCAGUGCAAGUCAACGGCGCCGCCACGGAGCUGAGGAAGCCGUCCUACGCAGAGAUCUGCCAGCGAGCGAAGGACGCCCCCACGCCGCUGCAUUCAGCCCCCCUAAAGGAAGCCAAGCCAAGCUGCGCUUCCCCCGCAGGCGAGGAGAGGAAGUGCAGCGAUGCCUCCUCUGUGCCGUCAGGGGAGCACAAACCCAGAGAGACUUACCACCCGCCCUCCAAAGCUGGGCCCGCCUCCACCUCUCGGCCCCUGAAGGAGGGUCGGAGGCCGGUGGGGCGCUGGGCCUCGCCGCCCCCCCAUCCAGGGAAACCCUCCAGCAGAGACGCCCACCACACCCCGCCCAAAUCGCCGCAGUGAGGCGGACCCUCCUCUUCCUCCACUACGCUCCACAGAAGUCUAAAAAAACGAGUCAGGGCUACUCCACUUCUCCCCCAGUAUCACCAGUCGGCAACAAGCAUAGAGGACGCC